AUGCCCCGAGUGUCGACGAGUUCAGGAGAUCGUCUUUCAGAGGCAGCAGCAGCGGCGUUGGUGGAUGAGGAGGACGAAAGGAAUUACGUGUUGGUCGUUCCUGAUGAUAACGCAGUGGCGAGACGGGUACGAAUCUCACAAGUCGUGGGGAAAAAUGCCGGUGUCUCGAAUGGAUCCUUGGUCCUUGUCAUGGAGAAAGGCCACCCUGAACGGAAGAGGGUAGUGGUGUGUAGUAUAGUUGGUAAAGUGAAGGGGGCAAAGGUGUACUGUCCGGCAUGGAUGGGGUUCGAGGAGGUUGAAGUGAAGAAAUUUAGGCAAGAUUUUGAGGAUCUCUGUGAAGUUGAGCUCACUUCGGAGGAUGCUCAUCUAAGCGAGAUAUGCGGGGAAGAGCUUCCCAAGCAGAUGGUGAAUUAUCUGGCGCGGUCUAUCACGGGUCUCUUUGCGCGAUGUCGUGACUCUGGAUUGGCUUCGCUGAUCUUCAUCGAUGAAGUUGAUGCAGUUUGUCCCGAUCGGGAGGGUAGAGGGAACAGUUCGGGCACCGAGGCAGAGAGGAGGAUGGUGGCCUCCUUGCUUACGGAGAUGGAUGGAGCUGGCCUCAUGAGCCAAGGUUCUAAUCCCCCCUUGGUCGUUUUGGGCGCCACCAACAGGCCGAAUGCCAUCGAUCCAGCAGCCCGUCGAGCUGGUCGAUUCGAACUUGAAGUCUCAGUGGGUGUCCCUGACGAGAGUGGGAGGAAGGACAUUAUAGAAGUGGUUCUCCAUCGGGACUUCCCCCCAGCGGUGCAAGAGCGACUUCGGCCAAGUAUCGACGAAAUAGCGAGGAAAACGCACGGUUUCGUGGGGGCCGAUUUGAAAGCCUUAUUGUCUCGUGCUUGUUCUCUGGCGAUGAACGAAGGUUCGACAGCGGGCGUGGAGUUGAGACAUGUCCAGGAGGCUUUGAAGUUCAUCAAACCUAGUGCACUGAAGGAGCUCAUUGUGGAGGUAGCGAGGACGAGAUGGUCGGAUAUAGGAGGCUAUGAGGACGUUAAGAAGAAGCUAAUAGAAGCUGUAGUGUGGCCGUUGACUCACAGUGCUUUGUUUGCUGAAAUGGGGGUAGCACCUCCGAGGGGUAUACUACUCUACGGCCCUCCUGGAUGUUCUAAGACGAUGCUGGCUCGAGCGGUGGCUACUGAGACGGAGAUGAACUUCAUCAGCAUCAAAGGUCCAGAGUUGUUUUCGAAAUGGGUCGGGGACUCUGAGGCGAAGGUCCGAGACCUCUUCCGGAAGGCUCGACAAGCUGCUCCAACGGUUGUCUUCAUUGAUGAGGUUGAUGCCAUCGGGCAGGAGAGGGCGACAGGAGGCGGAGGAGUAGCCGAUAGAGUUCUGGCUCAGCUGCUCACUGAGCUCGAUGGAGUUGGUGGUCAAGCUGGCGCGGGUGUGGUUUUGAUAGCUGCUACUAAUCGUCCUUGGGCGAUGGAUGCCGCCUUGCUGAGACCGGGGAGGAUCGAUCGACUCGUCCACGUCCCCCUGCCUGACAGCGAUGCCCGAGGAAAGAUAUGGAGAGGAGCUCUAGCUAAGGUACCACAUGCAGUGAGCGAUGAUGAUAUAGAUGAUCAUUUCGUCUCGGCAACAGAGGGCUAUAGUGGGGCUGAGAUCGUCGCUGUGGUGAAGGAGGCGUGCAUGGUAGCAGUCAGGAGGGAAAUAGAGAACAGGUCGGGCAGUAUGGAAUUAACUCGAGAGUUGAUCGAUGAAGGCUUGUCUAGAGUGAGACCACGUAUCACACCGGAGUUGGCCCAGUCGUAUGUGGAGUAUGCUGAUGAGGAAAUGAAGGGAAGAGGAUGAGGGGAGAGGUCUCUUAUCGAGUAACGUCUUUACC